GGUUAACACAAUAUUGUUUUAAAGCAGCAUUACCGUUAUAAAACAAAGUUGGUAGGUAUUAGUCAUACCAUUAGGGCAGGAACUUUCUAAUCUUACGCUAACAAUAGUUAUUGUUUCUCUUUUAUGUCUCAGUUUUAUCACAAAUACAUAUCUUUUAGAGUAAUAACAGAUAAUAGCAGAUUUGUAAGCUAAAAACCAAAGGUUUCAGACUAAUGUAAGAGCGACAUCUGUUGUCCAAUAGCAAAAAACAUUAUAAUAGUGGUUUCUAAGACACAAGGUAUUGAUAAAACAACACUGGCCAUUACUACUAAAAUGUUCUAUAUUUUAGUCCAAGCACUUUAGCUAAUUAAGUGUGCACCUAUUAACAAACCUAUUUACUUUGAUAUUAACGUACAAUGAACGAGCCAGAUAAGAAAAUUAGUGUACUGUGCUUAGGCCCAAAAGGCUCAGGAAAGACUACGCUAAUGAAAAAACUAGAACACGCUGAAGGUAUAGACUACACAUACAGUCCUGUUCCGACGAUAGGAACGAAUAUUUACGACAUUCAUUAUCUAAAUAAAAAUGGAAAAAAACAAAUGUUGUCAGUUCGCGAAGUGGGCGGAGAGAUGGCGCCAUUAUGGAAUAACUAUUUAGAUGGAGUUGAAAAAAUUAUUUACGUGGUGGACACGUCUAAUCUGUGUCAAAUUUCUGAAGCUACUGUGCUGUUGUACAAGCUUUUAGCUGAACCACGUCUCAAAAAUACGAAGUUCAUUCUAGUUCUAAGUAAAAUGGAUGCUGCUUAUCGCCAAAUGCGCAACGAGGCUCUACUGAUGUUGCAAUACACAAGACUCUGCAAGGAACUGCCCAAUUCAAUCACGCUACUGGAAGCCUCUCCACUAACCGGCGAAGGCAUUGACAAACUAAUAGAACUAUUGGGUGCUCAGAAACCGAACUUAAAGUUUAAGGGACAAGUAAAAAAUAACAUAUAAACUGUUUACUUUUAUUUUUUUAGUGUCGUAGAUGGGCAGGCAAUCUCGCGGUGCAUCUGUGGCCAGAAUCCUUAAACAUUUCAACUUUAUUGUUAUUAAAUCAACGUAUUUGAGACAUGACGACAUUUAGGUACCCAGGUACUCUGUCUAUAAAGUCUGUAUCAUAGAUAAUACACUAAAUAUUUAAGUAGGAAAUUUACGCUGGUACACACACUUAUAUACACGUCUGUAUUGUUUGAUAAUAUUUAACACACCCUUCAAAUCGCAACAUAUUAACUUCAUUAAUAACUAUAUUAACUAUGGUAUGAAUGACUGUUAGUAAAUAAGCAAGACAAACGCAUGCGGGAACACAGAAAAUUUUAAAAUAAAACUACACAGUUGAA